GUUUAAGGUUUAUAAACCUGCAUUAGAUACUCCUUUCUCAUGAUAAUGUAAUCAUUUGACGUUUGUUUAUGUAAAAUGAAAAGAGAGAUUAAACAAAUAUCCCAUUCAUCAAUGCAAUGUCAGCAUUACAACUGAUACGGUGUUUUAUUUUUAACUAUGAUUUCUUAAAUGUAUAUUAAUCGUAGUGUAAUAACACACUUUGUUCAUGAAUUCCCCGCCCAUAAAUGAGUUGAUAUAAAUUUAUAUUGUAAAACAGUCAGGUCAAUUCUGCAUUUUUUAUGCUAUCGAUACAAUGAUCAAACUUGUAAGCAAAAACAAUUCAUCAUCGAGUCAAAUGCUGACUGUUGUUUCACAUACUAAUAGAUCUCUCAUUAUUUAUACACUGACUUUACGACAGAUUUUUCCGUUACUAUAGUAUUUCCUGAUCAUGACAAGGAGCACACGGCGGGUGUGAACGGUCGGCAAAGGAUGCUCACUCCUCCGUGGCAUCUGAUUCCACCUCUGACGUUUUGGGUGUCCGUGUUUGCUCUGCUUCUAUUUUAUAUUGUCUUACGGAAUUCGAUAUUGAAUAUUGUUCGUUAUCUCCACUGCAUUUUUCGACAUGUUUCACUCAGGAUGAGUGAUCCCUGAUUUGCCCGAUUUUAUUCAUAAUAAGAUAACGUGGGGGAGAUUUACUUGGAAAUGGCAGUCGAUUCAAGGACACGUAAUCUUAAGAAACUCUUGACAGAGAUUUUAGAAACUGAGAGGGCAUAUGUAAAGAAUAUAGAUAUUCUGGCAAGGCGAUAUCUACACCCGCUCUCGACGGAAACAUUCAUUACCACGAUGGAAAUUAAGCAGCUUUCAGCGAGCCUACAGGAAAUAUUGCAGUUCCAGAGAGCGUUCCUCCAGGGUCUGGAGUCAGUGAUGGACAAACACAGUGAUGUGUACACUUCAGAGGACGAAAAGGUCAUAAGGAGGGCUAUUUUUGCUGUCGGUGGCGUGUUCUUGUUUUACGCUGAACAGUUCAAGAUCUACAGCUCUUUCUGUGCUUUGUACAGCAAGGUUCAAGACAUACUCAAUGCAGAGGAAAAUGAACGAUUACGUCACUUCCUUGACAACCAGAACAAGACCGGGGAGCAUUCACAAAGCUUGGAGUCAUUCAUCAUUCUACCAAUUCAGAGAGUGUUAAAGUAUCCACUAUUUUUGAAACAAAUGUCUUCACUCGUUGCUGAAGGUUCUGAUGAAAAUAAGCAUGUGUGCAAGGCCUGUGAAGAAAUGCAGUCAGUGGCCAAUCAUAUCAAUGAAAUGCAGAAGUUGUAUGCCGAGUUUGGUGAUUCCUUCCGGUUCCUCUCCUCACAGGAGCCUGGUAUACGAGAUCUUUACGCAGAGAGACCCAGCAAUACCUACGCUGCAGAUAAUAUCCCUGUCAUCAAAUCAGGAUACUGUAUCAAAGAAGGAGACAAAAUGAAGAGUUGGAAACGAAGAUUUUUUGUCUUGAAUGAGUAUGGGCUGUUUUACUACGUCUCACAAGAAUCGACAGAACCUUUGCGACACAUUCCCAGAGAUGAAAUGCGGCAUGUGAAAUCUAGCACAAUAAAUAAGCACAAUGGCGGAAUUCAUGGUAUGUUUGAGUUGUACACGGAAAAUCGAACUUUUUAUAUCGAGUGUGAAACUCCUGCCGAGGUUCAGCUGUGGAUCAAAGCAAUACAAUCUCUUCUGCCCCGCAAGAGCCGGAGGACCACGAUUUUGAAUCAGAGAGACAGUGUUUUCUACACCUCAUCAGGGUCACUGUCUAACUUCAAGUCAGGAUACUGCACAAAACAAGGCGGAAAGCGGAAGAACUGGUUGUCUCGAUAUUUCGUCGUUAAUGAGGACGGUAUACAAUACUUCACUUCUGAUCAGUCAAUAGAAGCAUUGCGAGUGAUUCCGAGUACUGAUGUGCGAGGGGUUCAAGAAAUACCGGGGUCGCAGUUUGGUCGCGAGAAUGUGUUUGAAAUCCACACAUGUUGCAGAACAUUUUAUUUACAGUGUGAGAGCCAUGACGACCUAAGGGAAUGGGUAUCAGCCGUCAGAAGACUUCUACCUCAUCCUGUAAGUAAAUGUUACAUGUAAUCUUAAAUUGUAAAUGUGGCAAUAAUACCAUUGCUCGUUGGUUAGAAGACAACAG